AUGGAGCCUUUUCACGAUGAUGUGCUCGCGCUUACAUGGCCCUGGUGGAUCCCAGAAAAGUUCGCCGACGUUAUCCUUCGAUAUAAGAAGGCGGUUCGGAGCAUUCGUCGUUCCCUAAAGUGCUUCUCGCCCGUCUCGAUACAUAUCAAAAUGGCGGAAGAAAAGUCCAGCCCUCAGCGCUCACCAAGUGCUCACAGCUCUGACUCCCAACAUGAGAAAACGCCAAAAUCCAAAUCUGGUGAGAAUGCGUCGACUUCCCAUCAGCCCAAACCCAGUCAAAAUGUCGCCUCAGGGGCCGACGCAGCUCUUCAGCUUCUGAAUGAAACAGGAGGAGUUCUUAGCGGUCCUCUCGAUCCACAACAGGAGAAGCGUCUCGUGCGCCGCAUUGACUGGCAUAUUAUGCCGCUGAUUUGCAUCGUGUAUUUCUUACAAUACAUCGACAAGACGUCUAUUUCAUACGCCAGCGUGACAGGUAUACAAGAAGCAACGGGUCUUGUUGGGAAUCAGUUUAAUUGGGCUGCUUCCAUAUUCUUCUUCGGUCAGCUAGCCUUCGAAUUCCCUACCAUACGACUGAUUCAGCUCUUCCCUCUCGCCAAGUAUGCUUCAAUCAAUGUCUUUCUCUGGGGAAUUGUUCUAGCAUGCAUUGCAGCGUGCAAAAACUAUGCCUCUCUACUCGUGUGUAGAUUUCUACUGGGAGUCUUUGAGGCAGCCGUUGUGCCGGCUUGGGUGCUUUUCACUUCUCAGUGGUAUACAAAGGGCGAGCAGGCGUUCCGCGUUGGCAUCUGGUUCUCAGUCUGUGGAGCGGCACAGAUGUUUGGAGGAUUCUUUGCUUAUGGAGUUGCCAAGCAUGUUGGAAGUGACCCGAAUGCUGCUCUCCAAGGAUGGCAGAUCAUCUUUUUAUUCUUGGGAAUUCUUACUUCCUUGGUCGGCAUUGCUUUCUACUUCCUUAUCCCCGAUUCGCCGGCUACAGCAACCUUCUUGUCGUCUGAAGAAAAAGCAGCUCACAUUCAGCGAAUCCGAAGUAAUGAGCAGGGCAUUGGGUCCGACAAGUUCAAAUGGAGUCAAGUCAAAGAAGCGUUGACUGACUCAAUGACCUGGCUGUAUUGCUUCUGGAUCUUCGCAGCCAACAUCCCAAACUCGACAGCUACCAGUUUCGGGAAUUUACUCGUCAAGGGCAUGGGAUAUACGAAUCAAGAAUCUCUCAUCCUCGUCACGCCGCUGGGUGCAUAUGAGAUUGUCGUCUUGGUGGGCUUCACCUGGUUUGCGAUGAAGACCAGACAGCGAAUAUGGUGGUGCAUCGCCGGCCAUAUCCCGGCAAUCGUUGGUGCGAUCUUGAUGGCCACAACAAGCAAAGUUCCUGCUUUAAUUGGCUAUUAUUUGACUGGCGGCAUUCCUCUUGGCUGGACCACAAUUCUCGGGUUGCAAAGCACAAAUGUUGCUGGUUCGACUAAGAAGGUGACGGUGGCGUGUCUUGGAACCAUUGCGUACACCGUGGGCAACAUUAUUUCACCGCAGACGUUUCAAAAAAAGGAUGCGCCACGGUAUUUGCCAGCCAAGAUCUCGAUCUGUAUUAUUUACUUUCUGUGCGUUGUUGAUCUUUAUGCAAUGAGAUGGGUCCUCGAUAGACGGAACAAGAAACGCGACCAGGAGAAGGCGGCAGUUGGUGAUGCGUAUGCUGUGGAGGAAAAUCAUGAGUUUUUGGACUUGACUGACCUCCAAAAUAGGGAAUUUAGAUAUGAGAACAGAUCCGGUAGAUUCUCCGUCCUAGUCAGGGGUAGAGAAAUAUUAGUGGAGUCAAAGUCAAUUCACGCCACCAGACAUGUAGACAAAUGUCUGGUUGAGUUUGACACCAGACCGCCUUCAACGUCACACAAGGAGCAGAGCGGGGUCAACUCUAAUGAACCGAGUGACUGUGCGUGA